AUGGGAUCACGCACUUCAAGACUCUGCAUACAUCUCUCUCUUGAUGAUGGAGACAGGCUCCCGCCAAGUCAGAACCCGGAGGAACCGAUGUUGCUCGCAGUCUGGGUGGACGACGUGUCACAUCACCCGCCAUCGGCCAAACUUCUGAGCCAGAGUCGGCAGCUCGCAUAUGCUGCGAAAGUCUGGGACGAGUCAGAGCUCUUAGCCCUCGAAGCCGAAGAAGAGACCAAGAAGGGCUGGGGCAACGCCUGCGACCCUGCGCUCAACCGUGACUUUGGUCAAGACGUACUUGCGGCGGUUCAGCGAAACAACGCGCAGCAGGCAAGCUUUAUCGAUGAGCCUAUGGUCUACGCCGAUCCAUGCAAACACCCGGAGCACCUUCGUCAGAAUGGGGAGAUGAUCAUGAAGGAGGAAUCGUCGGUGCGGGGCUUACUUCCCCUGGCAUCUCUGAACUCGCCAUUAGGAGGAGGAGAGAUCAUCGGCCCCACCACCGUCGGGCGCAAAGCCAUCGCGCCCUACAUGCCCUGGUCAGCCAAGACCGAGCACCGUCUCUGGUGGCGCGGCAACGCCCACUCCGCCUUCUACUACGAUAAAUGGGACUGGCGCGCUGGGCAGCGACUCCGCCUGUCGGACUUUGCGAGCGGGCGGCGAGAGCGAAUGGAGGCGGAGAUGGCGGGCGGGAUGGGAAUGAGUGCGGAGGAGAGGGGGAGCCCGGUCCUGCUGGAGCGGGAGGAGAGGGUGCGACGGGAGUGGAGAGAGAGGGAGGUCUUGAGGGAGACGUAUUUGAAUGUGUCGCUUAUUAGCACGCAACGAGCGUGGUCGUGUGGCGGACACUACGCACACGUCUUCUUUUGCAAUACCGAAGAUGGCCGACCGAACGCUACUUGUCCCCAGGAUAAGGCAUGCGACGCGGUCAUGGAUGCGGAAUAUGACUUUGCGCCUUAUGCUGAUAAAGCGUACGAGUUGAAGCACAAGUUUCGCCUGGAUAUCGAUGGGUUUGGGUGGACUACAAGGUGGCGGGAAGAGCUGUCCAAGAACAACGUGGUCAUCAAGAUCACGCUCUAUCCCGAGUGGUGGACCCCGCAAGCUAUCCCCUGGUACCAUUACAUACCCGGCUCAUACACCUUCAACGACCUAUACGACAUCAUGGCCUUCUUUACCGGUACACCCGAAGAACGUGCCGGAGAGAUCAGCGAGAAACGACGUGUGGUACUUGUUGAGCGAGACAAGAUGGCCGAGGAGAUCGCAGCGAGAGGGAGGGAGUUUGCGAUGACUCGUUUGAGAUAUGAAGAUAUGAGAGUGUACAUGUUCUUACUGCUCCUCGAGUAUCGACGUGCGUGGUCGGAUGAUCGGAAGGCGGCGACAUUCAAGCUGGACUAA